CUCUCCAUUUCCUCUGAGUCUUCUCCCGCGCACCCAUCAGCAAAGCCCUAGCUUCAGUUUUAUUCACUCAUCACUGUGUCUCUCAAGCAAAUAGCAAGUCACAAAAGCUUCACUAUUUCUAAUUCAACGGCCAUACAAAAUCAGGCUAUUCUUGCUACAGUUUCUGUUGUCCUUGGAGUAACAGAGCUGUAUAGCUUGCUGAUUGACUUAUACAAGAGUCCAGAUUGUUGAAAGAAGAAGAAGUGUAGUAGUUUGGAGGUUUAGCCCAUCCCAACUGCUCUGGCCCUGCCUAGCAGAAGUACCCGGAACCAGAAAAAUGGCAGGGGAAGAUGAGGACUUGCCCAGAGAUGCAAAGAUUGUGAAAACGCUGUUAAAAUCGAUGGGUGUGGAGGAAUAUGAGCCUCGUGUUAUUCACCAAUUCUUGGAGCUGUGGUAUCGAUAUGUGGUCGAUGUGCUCACUGAUGCACAGGUCUACUCAGAACAUGCUGGUAAGCCCGCAAUUGAUUGUGACGAUGUCAAGCUUGCUAUACAGUCCAAGGUUAAUUUCAGCUUCUCACAGCCCCCUCCAAGAGAGGUGCUACUGGAGUUGGCUAGAAACAGGAACAAAAUCCCAUUACCAAAAUCAAUUGCAGGGCCUGGUGUGGCAUUGCCACCUGAACAGGACACAUUGAUCAGCCCAAACUAUCAAUUGGCAAUCCCAAAGAAACAAUCUGCUCAAGCAGUAGAAGAAAUGGAGGAAGAUGAAGAACCUGCUGAACCCAAUCCCCCCCAGGAACAGAAGCCCUCUGAUCUGCCUCAGGGUACUCCCCAAAGGGUAUCCUUUCCCCUUGCUAAACGCACCAAGUGAGAGAUUACAUGGUACAUCAAUCAGCCUGAGGGAUUGUAGUCCAGAGAUGUGAGAUGAGACAACAGUUCACUUACUAGAGAUUCUGACUCGUAUUCGAUCUGUAUACAUGUAAAAGAAUGUUCUGUUUAAAUAUUAUGUUGUUUACUUCCGCAA